AUGGCCUCGUCCACUAGUCCCUCGAGCAAUUCCAGCUCGGACGGUCCUCCGCUGUCGCGAAGAGACUCUCAGGCUACCAAGUCCACCACCGACAAGGGCAAAACGUCCUUGUUCGGCCAUGUCAAGGCGAUAUGGCAGAAGACGGGACUGGAUAAGCCCACGGUCUUAUUGAUGCUAAACUACCAAGCAAUGGAUGUCGCCGAUGAGUAUACCACUCUAGGCUAUCUCGUGGCUAUUAUCUCGAUUCUCGGAUUUGCCAUCAUGCCACGUGCAAAGUUUAUCCAGAUGAUGAUCUUUGACGUCUUUGCCGUCUGCCUGGCAGCGUGUUUUGCGCUGUUGACCAUGUACUCCAGCGUCAAGGCUCGUGAGCACACCCAGAACAACGGGUCUUACAAUUCUUCGGCCUCUGCGGUCAGUGCAGUAUGGUUGUUUUUCCAGAUCUGGCUGGUCCAUACCUUCCGGGCCAAGUACCCCCAGUUCCAGUUUCCCGUGAUCAUCUACGCAAUUUUCGCCAAUAUCUCCUCAAUCUAUGCACCGCAGAUGCAGACUAUGACGGCUGCAAUUGCCAUGGUGGAGAAGCUGAUCAAAACUAUGCUCACUGGAUUAGGCAUCUCCACUGCUGUAUCCUUGUUUAUUCUGCCGAUGACCUCGCGCAAAGCAGUUUUCAAGCAGAUGGGUGGCUAUAUUGGCAGUCUUCGCUCGGCAUUGAGUGCACAUGCAGCAUACUUUGAAACAUUGGAAAGAAACGACAUGUUCGGCCGUUCCGAGACAUACGAUGACUCUCGCGAGAAAUUUGGCGAAAAAGGCAAGAAAGUAUACAGCCCCGAAGCAGAAGCAAUUCGUGCUGCAAUUCGAGGGAUCACCGAUCUUCAUGCUAAACUACACGGCGAUAUCACAUUUGCCAAAAGAGAGUUUGCUCUAGGGAAGCUGGGUCCAGACGAUAUCCAGGCCAUGUUUCGGCAUCUGCGGCAGAUAAUGAUCCCCGUGGUUGGGCUGAGCUUCGUCGUGGACAUAUUUCAGAGACUAUCCGACUAUAACAGAUGGAAUCAGCCUAUCGAUCCCAAUGCCGAACCGCUCUCGGAAGAUGUUCGCAACCGCGUUGUUCAGGAUUGGAAUGAUAUCAUGAGAGCCGUGCAUGACCCUUUCAAAGCUAUGAUCCAAACGAUCGAUGAGGGGCUACUGCAUACUUCUUAUGUCUUCAGAUUGAGUAAGCCACCCAAGAAAACGGCAGUCGCCGUCACAAGUGGGGCCCGCGAAGGCGACAAGGAUGUCGAGGCUUCAGCUGAAGACACGGCGCCUGGAGGAAAGGGGUUCACGGCCCAUUUUGAAAAGAAGCUGGGCGAGUUUCGAAACGCCAAACGAAUGGCUCUGGCAACAUGGGCGGAGGAUAAGGGGAUCAAGCUGCCUGAUGAUUUCUUUGACCAUCCGUCACACGUGGAAAGCUUAAAGGGCGACUUUUUCGAUGCUUCUGCCUCGCAUCAAGAUCGUGCUCGACGACAACUCUACCUCUUCCUCUAUAUGGAGCAAUUGCUCUCCUCGACCGGGCAGACCGUGUUCGAUUUCGUCAGCUAUGCUGAUAGUGUUGCGGAAAAGGGGAAACUGUCUCGAACGCGACUUAUCAUUCCAGGUGCUAAGCGUUAUUGGAAAUGGGCCAAGUCCUUUUUGAAGGCAGAUGAUGGUCAUCAAGACGACAAUAUGGGCGACGUACACCCGCAAAACAACAUGCUCGAGCUUGGCGAGGCCUACCGUCAUCGCAAAGACCCAGAACACCUACCACCCGCGUCGCUUUUUGAGAAGCUCGGAGAUAAAGUGCGCGUCAUCCCAUGGUUUCUGCGCUCGUUCGAGUCAACAUAUGGGUUCCGAGUCGCGUGUGCCACAAUGACCAUUGCCAUCAUCGCUUUCCUGCAUGACACCCAAACUUUCUUCACAAAACAGCGUUUGGUAUGGGCCUUGAUCAUGGUCAAUCUGAGCAUGUCGCCAACAUCGGGUCAAAGUAUCUUCAGUUUCGUGCUUCGGAUUGCUGGUACAACGAUCGCAAUGGUGGCCAGUCUCCUCUGCUGGUACAUCCCCGACCAGAAGACUGCGGGUGUGAUUGUUUUCCUUUUCUUGUUCGUUUCGUGUGCGUUUUACGUCCCGAUUAAGAUGUUCCGCUUCCGCGUUGUGGGCAUCAUCAGCAUCGUCACUACAACCAUGAUCAUUGGAUACGAGCUCCAAGUCCGCAAAUUGGGCAAGGCGGUUGCCACUUCAAACGGGCAGCCAUACUAUCCCAUCUACCUGCUCGCGCCCUAUCGACUGGCUACCGUGAGUGGAGGUAUCGCUGUUGCCUUCAUCUGGACAUUCUUCCCAUAUCCGAUCUCAGAACACUCGGUGCUGCGGCAAAGCCUGGGCGCAUCGCUGUACCUCCUAGCAAACUAUUAUUCUAUCAUCCACGAGACACUCGACGCUCGAAUGCGUGGAGAUGAGGGCGAUCUUACACUCAAGAGCUCUGCAGGUCGCAAGCUCGAAAAGGCUCGCCACAAGGUGUUUUCCAAGCAGAUGCUGAUGCUCAAUGGUUUGCGAACCUAUUCCGAGUUCCUUCGGUGGGAGUUUCCGAUAGGUGGCAGAUUCCCAAAGAAGCAGUAUGAUUCCAUCAUUGUCAGUGUCGAAAAUAUCGUAAGCUACCUGAGUUUACUCGGCUACGCGUCCGACACCUUGAUGCGCCUCGGUGAAGACGAGGACGAUUCAAAUUCAGCCUGGAUGCAUGAUUUCCGCCGUCUCGUCGGCACCGCUAAAGUCACUACUCAUGAAGUCACCUCUCUGCUGUGUCUUCUGUCUGCCAGCAUUACCAACCGCCAACCUCUGCCACCAUACCUCAAAGCCCCUCGACCCUACAGUUUCUCGAAGAGACUAGAGGCACUAGACAGCGAAAUUUUGAGUCUGAAGCACAUGUCCGAACCCGGAUUUGCGGCUUUCGCCGUUCUGCAGAUCUCCACGAGAUGCAUUGUCGGUGAUGUGGAGAGACUUAUGCGGUUAGUUAAAUCACCACCCAUCUUCUCAUCAUUUGAUACUGACUUUCUCGAAAAGACACGUGAGAGGAUUAGUCGGUGA